UACAAGAACUCACAGCAUCUGCAACUUGGCGUUACAUACGAUCCGAAGAUAAUCCUGCGGACAGCAUCACAAGAGGUAAACGCCUGUGUGAGCUAGUAAAAGGAAGCCAGUGGAAUCAAGGUCCUUCAUUUCUCAAACUGCCACCAGCAAAUUGGCCCAAGCUACCUUUCUCGCCUGUUGAAGAACAGAGUAGUGAGUUAAGGCAGUCUGUAUUUUGUGGAUCGACUACAGUUGUACCUUUGCCAAAUCCACAGCAGUAUGACACACUGGCGGAGUUCAUAAAGGCAUGCAGUCAGCAGCUUCACGGGGCGGCAAGCAUUACAUGCGCUGACAAACUGAGAGAAGUAGAACAAACAGUGCUUCGUCAAAUGCAGACCGAGUCCUUCCCUACCGAGAUGGUCCAACUGAAGUCUGGGAAACCAGUAUCUGGUACGAGCAGGUUGGCUUCUCUCUCUCCUGAGUUUGACCCCACCAGUGGUCUUAUACGUGUAGGAGGACGCCUAAGACGCUGCAGUGAGGCAGAAUUGGAUUCUGUUCAUCCCAUCGUCCUUGCCCCUCAACAUCCUGUGACCAAACUCAUUAUCAAGGAUUAUGAUAAGAAGCUGCACCACCCUGGGCCAGAACGAGUGUUCGCAGAGUUAAGGAGGACUUACUGGGUAUUGCGAGGCCGCGAAGCGGUACGCCGACACCAACAUCAAUGUGGAGAGUGUCGAAAAUGGAAGGGACAGCCAGAAGUUCCUCGAAUGGCUGAUUUACCACUUGUAAGACAACAGCUCUUUAAGCCUGCCUUCUUCUCAACUGGCAUGGACUGUUUCGGACCCUACAUAAUUAAGAUUGGACGCCGAAAUGAGAAGAGGUGGGGCAUAUUAUUUAAGUGCCUUACAACCAGGGCUGUGCAUAUAGAUCUGUUGAUGAGCAUAGAUUCAGACUCCUUCUUAAUGGCCCUGAGACGCUUCAUCGCUCGACGUGGGAAGCCUAACGAGUUGUUAAGUGAUCAAGGCACUAACUUCAAAGGUGGAGAAAGAGAGCUGAAUGAGUCCUUUGCUGCUUUGCAUGAGGAGCUACAAGUCCACCUUGCUUCCCAGCAAAUCAAGUUUGUCUUCAAUCCACCAGGAGCUCCCCACUUUGGUGGAUGCUGGGAAAGGGAGAUACGUUCAAUUAAAGUUGCUCUGAAAGUGACCUUGGGUGCGCAGACUGUCACAGAAGAAGUUUUGAGAACAGUGUUAACCGAAAUUGAGGGAAUCCUCAACUCAAAACCUCUCGGCUACACAUCAUCUGACAUCUCUGACAUUGACCCAAUCACCCCCAACUGCUUCAUUAUUGGACGCAGAGAUGCCUCCUUGCCCCAAGUGGUGUACCAAGACUCUGGAGUGCUAAGUCGACGCCGCUGGAGACACAGCCAACUGUUGGCCGACCAUUUCUGGAGGCAUUUUAUUAAAUACUAUCUGCCCAGUCUCCAAGUUCGACAGAAAUGGAAGUCAGAAAAGAGAAAUCUACAAAUUGGUGAUAUAGUGAUGAUUGUAGACUCUCAGCUCCCUCGAGCGUUGUGGCCAGUGGGGAAAAUCACAGAAGUGCACCCAGGAGCAGAUGACAGAGUCAGCUCAGCCACUGUGCAAGUUGAGAAAAGAAUGUAUACUCGACCUGUACCUCGCCUCGUCAAGCUACCAGCCCUAUCUGAUGAAGAGUGAUCCACAUGAUGAAUAAGUUCCUUUGUCGAGAUGUACAAAUUCAAUCAUUGAAUUCGGGGGCGGCUGUUCAAAAGGCUUCUUCCUGUGACCAAUGGACAUAUGCAACGUCACCAUCAUGUGUAUCACGUGCGAUGAGGAAGUUGAGCAGGUGCGCUGAGCAGACAUGCAGAACGCGAACUCUUUCCAAGAGCAAUCCAUUUAAUCUCUCAUUCGUCUGCAAUAUAUCAAACUUACUGAUGCAAUAUAGUUGUGCGUGCAUAUAAAAACCACAACUUUACCAUCAGUAAACUGCUUAAUGAGAUUCAAAGUCUGGGGUGAUUUCUUCAAGUUAGAAGAUAUUUAAACAGUUCUGACCGACUGUCUGCAGGGGUUCGAAUCCACCUGAAUCAGUUUAACAAUUUGAAACCU